CAGAAGGCCUGCCUCUCAUCCUAGGCAGAACAGCCCAGCCCUUUCCCCACACGCUAAGAGCUGGUGUGGCCCGCUGUCCCCUGGAGCCUCCAGCUGCCCUCCACAAAGCAGGCUUGUACCUGAACCACCAUGGUGGCCACAGAAUUCACAGGCCUUACUCCUAAUAUGUCUGAUGACUACAAUUACGACUCUGCCUCUUCCUCCGACGACUACCUGAACUUCAACUUCACUGACUUCUUCUGUAAGAAAAGCAACGUCAGGCAGUUUGCAAGCCAUUUCCUCCCACCCCUGUACUGGCUUGUGUUCACUGUGGGUGCCGUGGGCAACAGUCUGGUCAUCCUCGUCUACUGGUACUGCACGAGAGUGAAGACCAUGACCGACACAUUCCUUCUGAAUCUGGCCAUCGCUGACCUUCUCUUUCUUGUCACUCUCCCCUUCUGGGCCAUUGCCGCUGCAGACCAGUGGAGAUUCCAGACCUUCAUGUGCAAAGUGGUCAACAGCAUGUACAAGAUGAACUUCUAUAGCUGUGUGUUACUGAUCAUGUGCAUCAGCGUGGACAGGUACAUCGCCAUCGCCCAGGCCAUGCGGGCACAGACCUGGAGGCAGAAAAGGCUUCUGUACAGCAAAAUGGUUUGCUGUGCCAUCUGGGUGACAGCAGCUGCGCUCUGUAUCCCAGAAAUCCUGUACAGCCAAAUCAAGACGGAAUCUGGCAUUACUGUCUGCACCAUGGUUUACCCUAGGGACGAGAGUACCAAACUGAAGUCAGCCGUCCUGACCCUGAAGGUCAUCCUGGGCUUUUUCCUUCCCUUUGUGGUCAUGGCUUGCUGCUACACCAUCAUCAUCCACACCCUGAUACAAGCUAAGAGGUCAUCCAAGCACAAGGCCCUCAAAGUGACCAUCACUGUCCUUACUGUCUUUGCCUUGUCUCAGUUCCCCUACAACUGCGUUUUGUUGGUGCAGACCAUAGAUGCCUAUGUCUUGUUCAUUUCCAACUGUGCCAUUUCCACCAACAUUGACAUCUGCCUCCAGGUCACUCAGACGAUUGCCUUCUUCCACAGUUGCCUGAACCCCGUUCUCUAUGUUUUUGUGGGUGAGAGAUUCCGCCGGGAUCUUGUGAAGACCUUGAAGAACCUGGGCUGCAUUAGCCAGGCCCAGUGGGUUUCGUUUACAAGGAGAGAGGGAAGCUUGAAGCUGUCAUCCAUGCUCCUGGAGACAACCUCGGGAGCGCUCUCCCUCUGAGGGACCUUCUCCCAGGAGGGUGGUCCCUUUGGAAGGAACGAAAGUGUAGAUAGUUUCCUCACCGAUGGGACCAGAGAGAAACCAAAGGAGGAAAAGGAAGUGAGAAAGAAAAAAAAAACACAAACCCAGAAAGGGAUGACUCUGAACAACCCUGUCACAUUUAGUCAGAAUUUGCCAAACCAGAGUUUUCCAAGUUGACUGGCUACCCCAGGAGGCUAUGGAUUGGCCCUUGGCUGCAGGGGACCAACAGGAAGCCAGUGAACAGCACUGCAGCCCACCCUGGCUUUGCUGCUUGCCCGAGCAUUACUGUAGUGACCUCCGGGGGGUCAAGGAGUUGCUAAUCUGCAUUAGUGGGAGCCUGCGCUGGCUCUGCUAUGGGCUUGCUCUGUUGAGGGGCCCUUGUUUCUGGUCCACCCUGGCUACUCCCUACAGAGUGGACUGGUGCUGUUGGUCCCCUUCUUUUUUCUUUUUUUUCUUUCAGGUUAAUGUGAGGGCACAAACAACCAGGUCACAAUAUUUGAAUUUGCCAGGUA